AUGGAAGAACAGAAAGGCAAUGGAAAGUCCACAGCCAGCGAUUCCGACAACAAGAACGUCUCUCGAGAUUACGUCCCUCCCCCUUGGGCACCUGAAAUCGACGAAUUUAUCACCUACCAAUUUCAUCGCGCGUUUGUGACAGGCAAGACAGCCCCUGCAGUAGAGGCGGCACUCAGAGCAGCGGAAGAUGCGCGCUUCAGGAUCACCACCAAAGCUAUUGCUCGGACCGGUAUCGAGCCUGCUGUUGAGGUUCUGACCCAAAGCCUCGAUAUAAAGAGCAACAGGAAAGGAGAGGGACAAGAUGAUGACAAGCUCGAGGGAGAGGAGUAUCCCAAACGAAAAGAGAGGGAUUUCUUUUCGCGCAUUAGCAAUAGCCCGGAACUUGUUAUCGAACUAGUAAAGCACAUAGAUCCGAAGACACUGGUAUCACUAUACUCGAUCCACAAGAAUGUCAACGAUAUCAUGAACGGCCACCUCACACACACCAUGCGUAUGUGCGCCGAAACGCAAGCCCCAGAAUCAGCGCGCAUCUUCGCUUUCACGCUCUACGAAUCUCUUUGUUGCCAUGAUCCCGUCAAGCGUCCUCAUCCCUCCAGACCCAACGCUGUCCGCAUGGUCCCCAGUCUCCGCUGGUUGCAGAUGGUUGUCCAUCGCGAGAAGACAGUGCGUGAUAUCCUAGCCUGCAUGGCAAGACAGGGCCACCGCAUGCCGCCGGAGAUGAAUCUUGCGCUCAAGAAGAUGUGGCUGGUGAUGGAUAUUGCGACGAGUGCGAGACGCGCGCAGGUCAUGCACAGUCGUUAUUUCACUGCUCUGGAUAUCUUCAAUAUUCAGAUGUUUGUCGUGAAGUUGGAUAUGCGAUUCAAUGAUCCUAUUGAGGGACCAGGCGAAGACGAUCUCCGCAGACUGAUGCUAGGACAGAGAGGACUGACACCAUUGUGUAAGAUGUUGAAACGUACGGCCUUCACUGAUAUUGGGCAGAUUAUUAGAGCGGUCGUACGCUAUGACUGGGAGCCCAAGCCUGAGCAUCGCCAUUAUUCCAUAUUUGGAAUUCCACCAGAAGAGAUCGGAAUUGGGCAUCUUGAAGGCUGGGGAAAGGGCCGGGUUCACUUGUACCGACCUGAUGAGCUUGUCGUUCGUGAAGCAGUCCGCAGACAUCUGGAUCUAAAGAACCAUAUCAUGGGAAUGAUGCUCUGGGGAUACGUCGAUCCACUCACAGGACAAGACACGCCUGCUACCGAGGAUGAGAUGUACAUGUCUGACGAUGGGAGUGCCGAGAGACCAAAACAUCCCCUGGCGCAGGACUACGAGUGGUUGGAGAUCGAGCCGAAGGUGUAUGAGGAGACGGAGGAAUUGAAGGAAUCGAAUGACUGGAAAUAUAAACAGAAGAAGAAAGAGGAGGCGCAGAAAAGAGCUGAAGAGGAGGCUGCGGCGAAAGCGGAGGAAGCAGAAAGGGUUGCUGAGGUCAUGCGAAGGGUUGAGGAAGCAAGCAGGGCCAACGAGGCAUAG